GUAGGAAGUGGAAAGUCGACUCUUCUCGCAACGAUCGCUGGCGAGGGAACAAGCAAGAAAUUAGCCAUAUCCUGCAGAGGAACUAUUAUUUAUGUGCCACAGAUUGCUUGGUUAUUCUCUGGAACGAUCAGAGAAAACAUUUUGUUUGGAGAGCCCUACGAGGAAUCCAAGUACUCUAGAGUGAUCUAAGCUUGUGCUUUAGGAGAUGACAUCCAGCAGUUUCCCGAUGGUGACAAAGCAGUUGUUGGAGAGCGCGGUGUAGCCCUUAGUGGAGGCCAGCGGGCAAGAGUAAGCUUAGCACGCGCAGUCUAUGCCGAUGCAGACCUUUACUUGUUAGAUGAUCCCCUUAGU